AAAUGGGCUAUCUAGAGAUGUAUACGGUAGACUAAGUGCUCAGCGGCGUACAGAGUAUGUGUCCAUAUCUCGACAUUGGGUUGAAACCGGUCCCCCCAUGAGAGUUGAGCACGCAGAACAACUAUAGACGGUUAGAGCACUAUUUUCAAGAGUGUGAUAGCACAUGCUUCGCGCCUCAUUCUUACUCUCCUAGCCAAUGUCCUAGCUCAGCUUUGUGUGGACAGCUCUUCCACCAAUCUGUGGGGUAUCCAAGAGCUACCCCUCAUGCGGCUCUACCUGACCUCACCUCCCCAUAAUACAAACAAAACCUAAGAAAAGUCGCAGAGAAGCAAGCAACUUCGAGAAUGGACGAGCAGAAGCUCAACAGGACCAUCGCCAUCUUUGGCUGCGGCGAAGUCGGGGCAACUCUAGCGUACACGCUUGUCCUCAACCCCAUCUGCAACGAAGUCAUACUGGUAGAUCCCAAGACGGACCUGCUGGAGGCACAGGUAAGGGACCUCAACGAUGCGACGUUUCGGGGCAACAAUGGCACGCGGGUGAGGGCUGGGACGCCGCGGGAUGCUGCACAGGCGGAUAUCAUAGUGAUCACUGCUGGGGCGAAGCAGAAGCCUGGGGAAUCCCGCCUCUCGCUCCUCUCACGCAACCUCAACAUUCUCCGCACCAUCUUCUCUGCCAUGCAGCCCAUCAACCCGCAUGCGAUUGCUCUUCUCGUGGCCAAUCCCGUCGACAUCCUCACGUACUUUGCGCGCAAGCUGUCUGGGCUGCCGGAGUCGCAGGUGCUGGGCACAGGCACGACCUUGGAUUCAGCAAGGCUGAGAGGCGUGCUGGCGCAGAGGGCCGAAGUAGCGCCUAACAGUAUCGAUGCAUAUGUGCUGGGCGAGCAUGGGGAUAGCCAGUUUAUCGCGUGGUCGAGCAUCACCAUCGGCACGACGCCGCUCGAACAAGCCCUUCCCGAGGGCCACUUCACUCCCAAUUUCAAGCAGGAGAUAGCGGAGCACACGCGGGGGGCGGCGGCGGCCAUCAUCGCGUCCAAGGGCUGCACCGCCUACGGCAUCGGCAACAUCGCCGCCAGCAUCUGCAAGUACAUCCUCUACGACGUACGCUGCGUGCGGCCGCUGUCGUACUACCAGCCGGACCUGGAGUGCUGUUUGAGCAUGCCGGCGGUGAUUGGGAGGAAGGGGAUUGUGCGGGCGAUGCCGAUGCGGUUGGAUGAGGGGGAGCGGAGGGAGUUGGAGGCUUGUGCGGGGCAUUUGAGGGGGGUGAUUGACGGGGUGGAGAUGGAGUUGAAGGCGAAGGUGGAGUUGCAGAGUGCGUUGGAGAAGGAAACGGUUCGCGGGGGUGAUGGGUCGGGGAGUUAGUGGUGAUGAGAGCAGAUGCGG